AUGGCUGAGGCAGGUCAUCGCCCGGAAAGCGAUAGAACAGUAUCAUUACUUCUCCUUGGGGAUGCUGGGUGUGGAAAAUCCACAUUUUUGGCUCGUCUCAAAAAUGGACGGUCGAUCCCAUCAGGCCAGCCUCAUACUGGACUAAAAACCCCGGAACUGUUACGUGACGGUGAUCAACCUUUCAUUUACGACAUCCGGUUCUCAAAGAAGACUUUUAAUUUAGAAAUCUAUGAUACAUCUAAUCCAAACCAGCAUUGGUCAACUCUUCAGCCUGACCUGGUUGUUCUAGCCUUUGAUAUCUCCAACCGAGACACGCUGGAAGGACUGAAAGAGUGGCGGAACGAUACUACUCGAUACUUCCAGUAUGGUCAUGGCGAGCGUAUCCCAGUGAUGAUGCUAGGGCUGAAAAGGGACUUACGAAGAGAAGGCGAAGGGAUCAUCUAUCCACAAGAGGCUUAUCGUAUAGCUCAGGAGCUUCGUUGUGAUAGGUACGCCGAGUGUUCCGCUGUCACAGGCGAGCUGCUCGCAGAGACGUUUGAAGAUCUCGCUAGAUUGGCAGCGAUGACGACUACUGAGAAGGGUGGCCAGACGGAGGGUACUAGUUGCAUCAUUCUUUGA